AUGGCCCUGGCUGGUAGGCUGCUCGUCCUCCUCGCCGUCGCGCUUCUUGCCGUCUCCAUCAUCGCCGAACACAAGGUGUUUGCGUCAGGGACUGAAGAGCAUGAGGAUAAUGUGUACCGAGUGAGCAAGGGAGGACAGGGCACUCUCAAGAUAUACCAGUGCAAGCCGGCGUGCGAGUACCGGUGCAGCGACACCAAGUACAGGAAGCCGUGCCUCUUCUUCUGCAACAAGUGCUGCAACACCUGCCUGUGCGUGCCGUCGGGCUUCUACGGCCACAAGGACGAGUGCGCCUGCUACAACGACUGGAAGACCAAGGAGGGACACCCCAAGUGCCCCUAG